UGAUUUUUGUGUAUUUUUUCUCAUAUUUUAAGCUCGAUUUUCGAAUGAUUCCGAAUUUGUGAAUGAUUAAAUCGUUUGAAAUCGUUGGAAUCAGAUGAAUAUCUUCGUACAAAAAUGGCGACAUUCGAGCUUUAUCGAAGGUCGACAAUUGGAAUGUGUUUAACAGAGACGUUAGAUGAGAUGGUUCAGAGUGGCACUCUUAGUCCUGAGCUUGCGAUUCAAGUUCUUGUUCAAUUUGAUAAGUCAAUGACCGAAGCUCUCGAGGCUCAAGUGAAGUCCAAAGUAACAAUCAAGGGACAUUUGCAUACCUACAGAUUCUGCGACAAUGUCUGGACGUUCAUCUUACAGGAUGCUCUGUUCAAAAGUGAGGAGUUGCAGGAGAAUGUCAGCCGAGUUAAAAUAGUAGCAUGUGACUCAAAGCUUCUUACUCAGUAGAGUGGCAGACCGCAAUAACCUUAUGAUAUGGAUAAGAUCUUCAAAUUAUUGUGUUGUAGAGUAGUUUGUAGUACUUCUAAUUUAAUGUGUGAGUGAGCUAUUGAGAUUUUUGAUACUUGGAGCUUCAUCAUCCAUACAACUGCCUUUAAUGAGUUGUUGCAUGUUUCAAUUUAUAUCAGUUUGUGUGUAUUAAUCCUUCACUUCAAAGAUCUUCCAGUAUAGCUGCAACGUGCUCCCAUAAUUUUUAUUGUUCCAUUUUAUUUCA